AUGACGCUUCUUGUGUCCAGAUUCUGUGGAACAAUGGACAAGGAGCCCCAAACUAAAGCAGUACCUGCAAAGACCGCAGUCAACACCACGGCCACCACCACAGCGGUGAAUCCUUCCCAUCAGGCCAAUGGCACCCCCAAAACCCCCCCAGCACUCACAACUGUUACCACCUUCCAUAAUCAACCCACCCCUUCCGACAGAAAAGUGGUUCAGAUCAAUCUCUCUGGGGACAGACUGGCUCCUUCCUUCUCACCAAGUGAAAGAGUCAAUCAGGCUUCAUCUUCACAGCAUACCCCAAAAAUGAUUUCUCUCCCCAACACUCCCAGAUCAACAUCCCUUGUCAGAGGAAGUCAGAAUCCAAGCACUGCUGCGGCCCCCCGCAAGAUCUCCCCUCAAGCCCUGCUUCUGGGGAAGAGCCCGAGUUCGAGCCAGGCCCAGAUGCUCCUGAGGGCCCAGAUGUUGAUUCUAACAUCUGCUGUGCGGCCUGAUGUACCUGCCCUCUCCUCCUCCUCCUCUUCCUCCACCCCUUCCUCUUCUUCACCUCGAUUUCCCUCCAUGCAGCUCCAGAGUCUGACUCUCCGCCCACCUCCACCUGGCACCCUCACCAUCCCUCCAAACCUACCACUAAAGCACACAACCUCAAGCCAACCCCCUCUGCUCUCAUGCCCAAGAUUACAAACUUUCCAUCUGAGGCCUAGCCAGCCAGUGAACGUUCCAGGGAAGGAAGGAUCCACUAAAACUGAAGGUUCUACUUCUCAAACAGCUCCAAUGAAAUCGACACCUGUUCGCCAUCUUACUGUUCCACCACCAUCCCUGUAUGCACCUACACAGGCCCAUGCCUUAGCCAAACAUAAGCUAAACAGCAGCAGCAUGAAGAGGCCUCAUAGCCAGAUCAGCAUCCCCCAGCACCCCUUCAAUCAGAGGCAUACACCCCCCAACUCUCCCCCUGCCACACCAAAGAAGCCUCUUCCAGAGUUGAAGCGCUGCCCAUCCACCCAGCCAUCCCAAAAUGUGUCAACCAGCUCUUCUGUGCCCAUCACGGUUCCUUCCCCUGGGAGAUCGCACCUCACACCCCCAACACUGACACUGCCCUUGAGGUCUUCCACACCUGGUGGGUCCUUACUGGCUACAAAACAGCUGCUGAGGAUCGCUCUGUCCUCUGCAUCUGCCCAGUGCACCAACGACCAAUCAAAGACAGCCACUGUGUCCCCACCCCACGAUCUCAUACAGUCAAAGCCUCUUGUCUCACCUGUGCUUGCUAAACUGGAGUGCCCCGCCCAGCCACUACGGAGUCCAAACCAAUGCCCACAGCUGGUACAGCUUUCACCCUCCAGGCAAACUACAGCAGCCACCCCUUUGGUCACCACCCCUCCACUGGCAUCUCCGCAUAGGGCGUCCCCUCCGUCUCCAUUGCUGCCCCUAGUGUCCACCAGCAGCAUGCUUGCACCGCCACAGUCACCUGUGACAUCACAGAUUCCCACACAAACAGCAGAGACAUCAAAAGAGCUGAAAGACAGAAAGGAAGAGCAUAACAAGGGUGAUGAACCAGAGCAGACUCCUCAAGAUCUCAAAUGUCCAGCACCUCAAAGGAAAAGUGCAGGACAAAACCAAAUAACCCAUAAUGCUAACGCAGAACACCAGUCAAGCGAAGCUUCAGAGAAGUCCACGAUGACAGUCUGCACAGAGGAUUCGAGGACUGACAGCCAGAUGAAGAUGUCACAGAAGAAUGAGACUCACUUGCCCUCAGUCGUACCAUGGCAAGCUGAGAAAGACGACCAAUGUGAGGAAACAUCCACACAGUCAGACAAUCACUCAGCAAUCUCCAGCCUCUCCUCUGACAUGUCACCCAUCCAGUCCUCCAUAACUCAACCUUUAGACAUGUCCCCUGCGGACAGCUGCUCUCCCCCAAAGUUUCACCCCAUGCUGGAAAGGCCACUUGUUCAGCCUCCCAUUUUCAGCCAAUCGAAGCCCACAGAGGUCCAGCAGCCAUCAGGAGCAGCCAAACCUUUGGUCUUAACACACCUGGUGGAAGGAUUUAUCAUACAGGAAGGACUGGAGCCAUUCCCGGUGAGCAGGUCCUCUCUGAUAGUGCGUCCUAUAACGGAGUCUGGGCUAAAUGGGGUGAAAGAAUCAGAACUCAUCCCUUCCAGCUCAGAACCUGCAGAAUCCACAGACUCAGAUGAUGAGGUCACAAACAAUGGUGUUGGAGUGGGCCACAAGCUUGUUCUGCAGUGCCAGUUUUGCAAGAGGAAAGGCACCACCCAAACAUUUGCACGCUCAAAACGCUUCUGCUCCAAAUCCUGUGCCAAGAGGUUCAGUUACACCAAACGUUUCCGUGCACUCAGGCGUUGUGUAAGCGAAGGUGGUCAUCGAUCUGAGUUUAAUGACGCUGAGGACAACAGAGAGGAAAACUUCCAGCAGGCAAGACAUGGGGCCACGGAGCAGUGGAGAAUCCUUCAGCAGCCUCCACAGGAAGGUGAAGAUGAGACGGCCAUUCCGAUGAAGACCAGGCUUCGCAGGCACACGGAACAAGAGCAUGUGCGGGAUAUGAGAACCAGGCAACCGGUGGAAGAGACGAGAAGUGCUCCCACCUCACCUGUAGACCCUAUGUCCCCCAUUGAUGUCUCCCCCCGCCUCAAACCAGCUCAGUGGUCUGUGGAUCAAGUGUCAAGCUUUAUAUCCAACUUACCAGGGUGUCAAGACAUUGCAGAAUCCUUCAGAGCCCAAGAGAUUGACGGGCAGGCCUUGCUUCUCUUGACUGAAGACCAUUUGAUGAGCGCCAUGAAUGUGAAACUCGGACCCGCUCUGAAAAUAUGUGCCCGCAUCAACUCCCUGAAAGAAGGUGGAAGAUAAAGAGAAUGAAAAUGACACAAAAAAGAAUAGGUGGUAUAUCCUUGUGGACCAUAAGAGCACUUGCCAAUAGAAUAGAGCCAUUUUGUGCACUUUAAUCUUCAGAGAUUUAUGCGAUAAUGUCAUUGUUAUGAGAAAGCUUACAUGUAUUUGCUUGAAGUAAACUAGCAAAACUUUACAGUACUUGUAAACUCUGUCUGAAAGCAUGGUAGCAAUAUAAUGGUCUCAGUCUGUGAGCGUUUUACGGGAUGUAUAUUUAAUCACAGUAGAAGGCAACUGUUAGCGUCUCCUUUUUUAUGGGUAAUCAUGAUCAGGGUCAAUGAUUUUAUAUUUUUGACAAAAGAGAUCACUUCCUGUGUCCGUGUGGAGAGGUUUGACGAGAACGGAAGUGCUGUUUAUUCGUGCAUGUCCCAUUGUAUAUAUUUUCCUAUUGUAUUCCAUAUGUAUACAUGUAUAACAAUGCAGUGUUCCAUGUGUAUACAAUUGUGAAGGAUUUGUAAUAUUUAAUAUAUUUGUCUUCUAAGGCUCUAGAAAGUACAAAUGCCAAUCAUCAAGUUUAUAAACAUUUUUAAAUGACGUUUGAGAUAUUGUCGUUUUGUGACAUCCCGCAGUGGUACUGUGUAAAUCUGACAAACUGUCAAAGAAUAUGAGAAGAAGGUAUCGGAAGGCAAUCGAUUUUAAUCAAGGCGGUGAAAAGGUGCCUUUUUUCUGAGACCUUAUGAAACUACUGUAGGCAUUUUGCAAAGGCAAACUAUGUACUAGAUAGUGUCAUCAUAAAAGUGUUGUUUCUCAUUGUUGGAUUACAUUUCUUGUGCCACUUUUGAUUAUUUAAUUAAACCAACUACAUUUUGUU